AGCGGACGUGGACGCCCCUCCAACACUUGGGUCUCCGAGGACACGAAGACCUAUCAAGAGUUCCUGGUUGUUCGCAAUGCGAUGCGUCGCCUGUUCAGGCAUUCCGAGGUUGCUCAGAUGAAGUUCCCCGACUAUGUCGCCCACAAGGAGGCGGUCAUGGAGGCCAAGCAGAAGGAGCUCGCAAUAAAACUCAAGACCAAGGAGGAAGAGAAGGGUGCCAACUACCCGUACGUAAAGCCAAUCGAUGUUGGUGUGAGUCCUAAGGGCCCGCAGGCCAAUCGCGGCCCAGUCCUUGAUGAGCCUACGAUCUGGUGCCCAGCCUGGCGUAACGGUAAGGACGAGAUUGCCCCAUGGCCAUCCCAAGCCGAGAUGAAGUGGGAGGGGGAUGAUCGCGCGAAGACCGGCGUUGGCCGCUACCUCCCUCUACCUCGCGAGGUUGGUGCGCCGGGCAUACAUUGGAACCAGCUCGCUGUUCUCGAACAAUACCCACUUGAUAAGGUCCGAGAGAUUCCCACUAUGGAGGAUAUAUACCUCCCAGUUGAUGAAAUCGAUGACUCCGUCAAAUACGAUCUUGUCACUAAAGAGUUGGAGGACGCCGUCGACGCA